CUGCUCCUGUGGUAGUCUGGUGGGCGGUUCAUCUCCAGCCUCAUUGCCAGCAACCUCACGUCCCACACCUAUAACCGUUCUUUCGCGUCCUUUUACUUAUGUUUCCCUCCCCCUCUAUCCCCCUCCCUCUCUUUUCCAGUUUUCGUUUUUAAGCCCAAAAAUAAAACCCACCCCGGCUUCAUCUCCUCUCGUGCGUCAGCCUCGCGUCAUGCUCAGCAGCUCUCAGAAUUGGACGCUAAAAAGCUAAUAGUUUGGUGGGAAGGUGUAGGAGUGGGGGUGGGGGUGAACUAAAGCUGCUCGCCCCGAGCCCGCAGCAGCCCGACUCACUCAGCUGGUGCUGGGCGCUCGAUUGAGAGGACACUCCACUCAACUCCACUGCGGCAGCGCCGAUGCCACGGCGACCAGCCACUGCACCUCACCACCAGAGCCGGCUGUAGUGACAGGCAACGGCAUUUGCAUCGUCCUCUCUGGGAGUAGAUGCACAGGGAGAGAGGCAGCUCUUUGACGGGGAUUUACAAACUGGAGACUUCCAUAUCGUUUAUCUGCAGCGGUUGGCAGUGGGGGCGAGCACAGUUGUAGUAAUCUGUUUAUGGAUUAUCCCCUUCUCCCAUAAUAAUAAUAAUAAUAAUAAUUAAUAAAAGGAAUAAAUCGCUGCCAGAGGUCGGGUGAGACGCGGAUUUGUUCCGGCUUCCUUCCCCCCAGCCUCUUUCCCCCCCCCCCCUCCCCCCCCCCCUUUUUUUGUUGCUGUUGUUGGGGUAAACGCAUCCGACCUGGAGUGUGGGAUUGAGGCGAGGCGAGGAUGAAUUCCUCGUUGACGGGGUGUUGGUGCCACGGGCUGAGACUGCCGCUGCUGUGUUUUCUGGGCGUCCUGUUGACAUUUGGCAGCUCGGCUCUCGGCUGCCCUUCGCCCUGCAGAUGCAGCGCCACCAAGAUCACCUGCACCGAGCCAGGCAUCGUGGCUUUCCCGGAGCUGGCGUCCGCAGCAGAGAUGGAGAAUAUCACUGACAUUUACAUUGCAAACCAACCAAAUCCGUUGAAUAUCAACGAUCAUGACAUGGACUCGUACACUGGCCUGAGAAAUCUAACUUUAGUUAAUUGUGGAUUGACAUUUAUUUCACGACAAGGAUUUUCCAAUAAUCCUCGGCUUCAGUACAUCAACCUUGCCAACAACAGGUUUUCAAGCUUGUCGUGGAAACCCUUUCGUAAACUGCAACUGACUCAUUUGGUUUUAACAGAAAAUCCCUUCCUGUGCGACUGUGGGAUUGCAUGGAUCCAGAUAUGGCAGCAGAAAAGCCUGGCCACACUAGAUGUUCAGAACCUGACGUGUCGGGAUGAGAAUGACUUGAGGAUAACACUGUCACACAUGAGGAUCCAAAACUGUGAGAUGCCUAAAUCGUCUGUAAAUGUUACUCAGCUAACUGUAAUUAAAGGUGGAGACGUUGCUAUUAAAUGCAGUGCCACAGGACAUCCAAAUCCAACAGUGGACUGGGAAAAACUUAAACUCUACUCAAAUUUCCAGUCUACAGAAGCUUCCAGACCGCCAGUAAUAUUAAAACUGAACAACAUUUCUAGUUCUGACAACGGGCAGCAACUUAUAUGCACAGCUGAGAAUGUAGUGGGAGAAUCAAUAGUUGCUGUCAAUCUGACUGUUUUUUUUCCUCCCAAGAUAACAUUAUUGGGUGAGGCCAUCCCAGAUCAUCGCUGGUGCAUUCCUUUCAGUGUAACUGGUAAUCCUCCACCCAGAAUUCAAUGGUACCACAACAAUUAUCCUCUGAAUGAAACUGAUUUUAUACUGACCCAGAUUCAUGAGGAGAAUAUCAGUGAGCAGCAUGGUUGCCUGCAGCUUGAUAAUCCGACCCAUCUGAACAAUGGGAACUACACUCUGUGUGUGAACAAUGACUGGGGUCAAGACAAGGGCACAGUAUAUGCCCACUUCAUGCACCAUCCUCCUGGUUCAGGCAAUGAACCUAUCACAGACCCUGGAUUUUAUGAUCCAUAUGACCAGGAAAUGUUUGGUGAGAACUCAGAUAAUUCAACUGCGAUGGGCCCACCUAAUGUAACGGAAAAGACAACGGAAGAUAGUAUGACUAUGUAUGUUAUCCUUGGGAUUUCAUUACUGAUCGUCACUGGGAUAUCACUAGGGUUAGGUAUCGUCAAGUUUGGAAAACACUCAAAGUUUGGAAUGAAAGGUCCUUCUUCAGUAAUUAGCACUGAUGAUGAUUCGGCCAGUCCAUUGCAUCACGUAACUAAUGGCAGCAACACUCCAUCCUCUUCAGAAGGUGGCCCUGACGCAGUUAUCAUUGGUAUGACAAAGAUUCCGGUGAUCGAAAAUCCACAGUACUUCAGGAAUUCCCAUGGAUUACUCAAACCCGACACUUUUGUUCGAAAUAUCAAACGGCACAACAUUGUAUUGAAGAGGGAGUUGGGUGAAGGCGCCUUUGGCAAAGUUUUUCUAGCUGAAUGCUAUAACCUUUGCCCAGAAGAAGAGAAGUCCCUGGUGGCAGUGAAGACCUUGAAAGAAGCCAGUGACAAUGCACGGAAGGACUUCCAUCGUGAAGCAGAACUCUUGACCAACUUGCAGUAUGAGCAUAUUGUGACAUUCUAUGGUGUAUGUGUGGAGGGUGACCCAAUCAUUAUGGUAUUUGAGUACAUGAAGCAUGGAGACCUCAACAAAUUUCUCAGGUCUCAUGGACCUGAUGCUAUAUUCCUUAGUGAUGGCCAGUGCAACAGAAUGGCAGAGUUGACUCAGUCACAGAUGCUACAUAUUGCCAUGCAGAUAGCUGCAGGGAUGGUAUACCUCGCAUCGCAGCACUUUGUUCACCGUGACCUGGCGACUAGGAAUUGCCUGGUGGGAGAAAAUUUACUGGUGAAGAUUGGAGAUUUUGGCAUGUCAAGGGAUGUGUACAGCACAGACUACUAUAGGGUUGGUGGUCACACAAUGCUCCCAAUUCGUUGGAUGCCCCCUGAAAGUAUCAUGUACAGGAGAUUCACCACUGAGAGCGAUGUCUGGAGUUUGGGUGUGGUGUUAUGGGAGAUCUUUACCUAUGGAAAACAACCUUGGUAUCAGCUGUCAAAUAAUGAGGUCAUCGAAUGUAUCACACAAGGCCGUGUUCUGCAGCGCCCUCGGACCUGCUCGAAGGAGGUGUAUGAUCUGAUGAUUGGUUGCUGGCAACGUGAACCACACAUGAGGCUCAACAUCAAGGACAUUCACAGUCUUCUCCAGACUUUGGCAAAGGCCUCUCCAGUAUAUCUGGAUAUCCUUGGUUAAGCCUAACUCUGACAAUUGUAGGCGUGCUUGUGUGUGUGCGAGAAUGUUGCUGCAUUUUGAAGAAACACGCUCUGAUCCCUGACAGUAUUAAUAGCAAUGAGAAGAAGUUUUAAAGAGCAACAUGUCAAAACUUCUCCCUUUGUAGUCAACCUAUUGACUUUGAAUUUUAUCAUAUUUUCUCUCAAAUUGAUCUUGCUUUUUGCUCAUUUGUAACUCUGCCUAGGUGCAGGCCUUAAUCUAACUGAUUAUUCUGCUGAAGACAGUCAAAAUUCCUCACUGCAAUUAACAGUGACUCCUAAUGAUUUGCCUUUGAUUUGGAUGAAAAAAGGGACGAACAGAUGACUGUGAAUCAUAAACUUUCAGCUGCAAAACAAAGAAAGGAAAAAAAUGUUCAUUCUACUACACCAAUGCUGCAGUCCAUGAAUAAAUAUUAUCCGAAAUAGAGGAAGUAUAAAGGGUUAUGAAAAACUAUUUUAAUUCGGAGAAGGAAGGCAUAAUAUCAUGAUGUACUGCAUACCAGUAACAUAAUAGGCUUCAAUUUUGCCAAUGGACUUCUUAAACUUGUCCUUGAAAUAUGGCAACAUCGGGCCACCCAAUUAUACAGAAACCUUUCCUGGCUUUUUGCAUUUAUUUUUAUUUAUUUGCAUUGGGCAACAUGUCUCACAAAGAAGCAAGUGCAAGACAAUAGUUUGCUCUGAACUGGGCAUCCAGAACAAAGUGUGACUAUAAUUACAUGAACGUGGCCUCCAGAUAGCUUUAUGGGCUUUAGGCUGGAGCGCACAGUAAUAUUAAUUUCAGAGUCAAAUACUGAAGGUGAUUGACUUUAAUAACACAGCACUUGUAGUUGUCUAGGCAAAACAUCAGAAAAUAUACUUAUCCUAAAACAUUCUCCCCCUUUGGUAAGUGAGCGAAAUAUAAUUGUGCAUGAAGCUGAUCUCAUACUAUAUGUACAAAUGAUCGCUCAUAUCUUGUACACAUUUUAGAUGUAGAAUGUUAUCCAUAAUGGUGUUACAUAUAUUUAAUUAGGAACCAUGUUGAAAGUCAUUAGCUUCAGGAAGUAGCCUUAUGCUUUUGCAGUAUAAUGGGAUAUUAGAAAUGCAGAGGAAUUGAGAAAUUUAUAAAGAUCACAUAAUCUGCAAGGAGACAGUGAAAUUAAGACCUUAAGGUAGACAGAAGUGAAACUAUAAUUAACAAAUAAUAGCCAUCACAUUAAACCUAAUACUGGAUUCAUUGUCUUGUUGCUAUGGUAUCUCCAUUCUUAGCAUUCUUUGCUUGCUUCAUUUUUUUUUUGCUCUGACAAUAUUCUGACAGAAAUGCACUGUAAUCGUGUGUGCAUUACAGUCAAGAUGCUCGGUUGAUGGCUUAUGCCUCGCUUGUUGACAUAUUAAUCUCAGUUAUCAGAUGAUGUUGGGGAACCGUGGGGUAGAUUUCAUAUCUGUUUGACAAGUUCAUGCUAAAUUGAGCACCCAAUGUUUCAAAAUCUAACAUUUUCUCCUUUUUAAAAUAUACUCCCUCUGUGAGGGAUCACAGUUGUAAUUUGUAACUGCAUUUGGCAACAAAGCAUGCAUUGCUCUUAGGGUUUAUCUGUUCUCCCAUUUUCUCAAAAUAACUAGAGGAGAUCAGUACAGAAUACCCAUUUGCUUUUCUUUUUAAAAAUUAUGCCAAAUAUUUAAUAAUUUAAUACAUUUUUGCUUUGUUUGUAUAUAUUUUUUAAAAAAAUUAUUUAUUGCAACUUGAAAUCAUUUAAUUAUUUGUUUCAUUAAGUGUAAUCACCAAAAGAAUGUUGUAUAUUUUACUUUCUGCCCAACAAUUCAUCUGAUAUUUGACAAGUCCUUUAAAUUGAAUUCUUAUCAACCAGACAUACAGUACUUCAGAGAGAUAUAACAAUUAUUUAAACGCUGCAUGUGAUUGGUAGCCUAAUAGAAAAUGUUGCAGAUGUUAUUGAGAUGAGAUCUGUGUAUUUUCAUUAGGAAAAGCAUCAAGGGAUGGAACAAAUUAGAGCAAAUUGUGUUGAGGUAGAGAUAGGUCAUUGGAUGAUGGAAUAGGUUGAGGGAUUAAAUUGACUAUUCUUGUUUGUAUGUUCCAAUAUUCUUUUGUAUCUAUGAUCUGGAGGAUGUGCCUUUCAUCUGCUUUUAGAUUUACUGACAAUUAUGCUAUUUGUAAUCUUAGUACUGAUGUACUAAGACUCAGAACUCAGUGAGUUUUGUUGUAAAUUGUUCAAUUUACUGUAUUAUAAUCUUGAAUACAUCAAAGAAUUUGCAAAGGUCAAAUCUUCUGGCCAUUUGAGGUGUUGAUGCCAAUCAAGAAUAUAUUAGCUGUUAAGCUGAUAAAAUCCCAGUAAUUUUGGUAUUCAAUGUGAACAGCAACCACAAAUGUAGAAAAGUCCUUAAUACUAAAUAUUUACUGUUGAAAUCGCAAAAUACUUUGUGGGCAUAAAUUAUGACGUUUGUUUUAAAUGAUUUAAAUUAAAUUAGUAAAUGAGAAAAUUCAAUGAACAUUUCUGUAAAUUCCGUAGAUAUUGAAGUGAGACAUCAUGACGCAACACUGUUUUAGAUUCAUUACUGGCAGGUGCCAUGCUUUACAUUAAAUGAUUUAAAUAUUUUAGAAAGGUUUAUAUAUUGGGAAGCAGGAGUUGUACCGAUGCAAUGAUAGAAGGUGCAUUUCUUGGAAUGAUAGAGGGUACUUUUUCACUGUUACCACCAGACAGCAGGAAAAAACGUAAGCAAUGAUUACUUGAUUAAUAAUCUUGUCCUGUGAUUUUGCUCUUUGCUUUGCAUUUUGCAUUUGGAGUUAGGAGAGAAACCAAGAGACAGGCACAUGAAAGAGCAUGGUAAACAAAUGAAGGAGAACUCACAUACAUUAAAAUUACAAUAUCAGGCGUGGCUUCCAGUCAGGACAAAUACAGGCCCAAUGUCAAUCAGCCUUGUUUUUCUUAAUCAUGUUUCUCUACAGUUGAAGGUCGGUGGAUAUUGCAGCUUGAUUUUGUGACUUAGAGGUGGUGACCGAUUCACCCUUCAUUUGAAAUCACUUGUUGCUUCAGUAGCAUUGAGAAGGAAGAUAUUUUUGUGCCCAUUUAGUUUACAAAGACCCCAUGUACCAAUCUCCUGGAACUGAAACUGUGACCUGGUGGUUUAAAAAAAAUUCAGCUUGAUGUUUAAUAUAUAUAUAUUUUCUCCUUUGAGUUUUUGUUCCUGGUAUAUUUUUCAGUUUCUCCUAAAAAACAGAAAAUCUCUGAUGACAUUCGUGUAGUCUGUGUCUUUCCCAAUAACUGCACAGCUCUUAGGGUUUAGAAACUCUGGGGUAGGAAUGAAAGGUGGGAGUGGGUAGAAGACACCCUGUGUGUCCAUUUCCAUGGUGUGGAAGUUGGGCAGUGCCAACCGAUGGAGUAGCUUUGAGGUCUGACCAGUUCUUACACUCAUCCUGAUCUUCAUUAUUGUUGGAAAGGGCCAGAAAUCCAAUGAAUUGAGCAUAACGUCAGCAAGUGCAUUAUGUCAAUGGGCAAGGAUAUUCCAAUGGAAUGCCGCUGCAACAUGUGGAAGCCUGUGGAGCUGGGAAGAUCACAAAAUCCACCAAAAUUUAACAUGUCUGGUUUUAAACAGCCUAUUACACAAAUGGACCCAUGGCAUCUAUUGCUGGAGCCUUAGCAUUUAUCUUCUGUUGCAGCCUGUUGUACACUUUUCUUUCUUGAAUGGUUUGUGAAGCACUUGGCUGAUUUUUAGAUGAUGCCUAAGUACCUGUGUUAUAUAUUUGUAUGUUGAAAUGUGAACCAGUUUCUCAAAUUGAAAUGGAAAGUUACUUGUGAUACAACAAAUUCAAUGGAAAAAUUCUGUCUUACAAUAAACAUUGUCAUCAGAAAA